AUGCCUGACAUAACCAAGGCCCUGACGGUCCUCGAGGGGAGCAUCCGGAGGUCGGUGGGCACGGCGCGGCGGACGCUGAAGUCCUGCAGCUGCACGACCUUCCUGUCGGAGGGGCACGACGGCGGGAUAGGGAAUUCCCAUUCUGUGGAGGUUAGAUCAACAAGCGCCAGCAAUAUGCGAACUGGCAGGCCUGACGACUCUUCCCCAGGCGAUGCUUCAACGGCGCCCAGUGCUCGAGGGGCGGUUGAGCAGUUGAGCGACUCUGCCAUGUCGAGCACUGCCUCCAAUGGCACAGAGAAGAAUGAGCUGCUAGAACUGGGGUUUCGAAUGUCAAAAAAUGUGGAGUUGAAAGACAGGCAGUGGCACUGGAAGGUGUUCAAGCACUGUUUUCUUGGGGAGGAGGCAGUGAGCUGGAUGAUUUCAGAUGGCAUCGUCAAGGACGUGAACCAGGCACUCGAGCUAGGAAAUCGCAUGAUGGCAUCUGAUUUGAUUCGGCAUGUCACAGAUGGCCACAAGUUUGAGAACCAGCCCCUGUUCUACAGAUUCACAGAGGCAGUGCUGGACCAGUGCGAUUCCACGUCCGAUUCAGUGCCAGCGAAACUCAUGGGGAUCGGUGAGGAGCUCUUGCGCACAGAGCAGCAUGUUGCUGAGCUACAUUCGCAGCUGAAGCUUCACAGGCAGCUCAACAUUGCUCUCUUUGAGUCAGGCUCAGAGCAGCAACAGCGCCUGGAGUACAUAAUAGAAUCCCAAAGCGUGGAGAUCUCAAAGUUGGAGAGCAUCGUGGUGUUGCAGACUUUUGUGCUGGCACUGACAACCUUGGGAAUGUUGGGCUGGUUUGCGGUGCCUGUGGGUUACCUGUUGAUCGGGAUGGCCAUGUACCUGAGCUACAAGGCUUGGUUUCCACAGUCCUCCACAACACACAAGAAGUACCACGGCUCCCAUGGCGACCUGAUCAAGCGCCUUCAGGACGCCUCCAACUUCCCAGAGCAACCCAAAGCCGUGUCGUGCAAGCUGCCAACUGGCAGCAAGUGGCUUGGGGCACUGGGGAGUGGCAAGUGGCAAGCAGAGGUGUGUGGUGGCAAUGGAGCAGAGGGGAGCCCCAGCGAGUCAGAUGAGAUGGAGACCUCUGCCCCUGCUGCGUCCAAGCGUACCUGUGCCCCACAGGCUGAGGACUACGAGAGCUGGCCUGACAGGCCAUGCAUGUUGGCUUUGAACAUGUCGUUGUCCGGACAGCAGGCGACCCGGGGGGGUGACCCUGACAAGAUCAGGGUGAACACCGGGGAGCCUUUCCACUUUGAGAGCAAGCUCUUCAGGGGGCAAAUGGUCUUGUGGGUGGCUGGGCUGGAGACAACGCCAAAAGGGCUGUUCCAGGGUCAGAGGCGUGUCACACACAUGGCCGUGCAGGGCAGGUUCAAACAGGAGCUCGACUUCAGUGACGUGUUCACUGGGCAGGAAUUCCUGCGGCCGCUAAAGCACCUACCUGCCACGGCCCUCUUCUCUGUUCUGCUGAAACUGGCCAAGCGGCUGAGUCCCAGUAUGAAGGCCAGCUUGACGCCCGUACCUCACAUGCUAACACCUGUUGUGGCUGGCGCCCAAAUGAUCACCAUUAGUAAGCCUGGGGAGGAGAGGUCCAUAAAUUCGCCCCCGCAGGAGGACAUGCGCAUCCUUGGCUCCCAGUUCUGCAAGAGCGACGGGGAGCCUCUCCCCGGGCCCCAGCGAAAGAAGCUCAUGUCCGACGCUCGGAACCGGGCAGGCCGCAAAUUCGACACAGAGCACGUGUACACGUUCCAUUUCUGGCAGCACCUGUUGGACCUCAGCUCAUUCGAGCUGGACUUGAACAUCAAGCAGUUUAGUCUGAGCCGCCACUUGGCCGGCCAGCCGAUUCAGCUGAUGGUCAAAACCAGGGAGGUGGGCGAGUACGUCUGGAGCUUCUCGAUGUGGCAUGAGAGCCUGCUGGGUGAUCAGGCCAGCUGUGAAGACUAA